UAAGAAGGUGUGAGAGAAGAAAGAGGAGAGAGAGGUCAAAUCGAGCGGCCAAAGGUUGGUUUCUUCAUUAGUAUUUUUGUGGUGGUGGUGCUGGUAUUAGCCAAGCUUAAGAGGGUUUCAACACAAAAAAGAAAAAAAAGAAACGAACAAGAGAGAGAAAAGGAAAGAACAAGAAGGGAAAAAUAAGAAAAACUGGUGAGAUAACAAUAUUUGAGAGAGAUAGUUACAAGCAAGCUCCAAUUCCCAGAAAGAAAAAUUAAAACUGUUUAACUUUCAUUUCUUCCUAUCUUACCCCUCUGAUCUCAUGCUAUCUUCCCUCAUGUAUCCCUUUGAUUUGAUUCGCAAAGGGUUUGGUUGAAGCCGUCUGGAAUAUUUCUGUUACAGUUCAUAAGGUCCAUCUAUGUUUUAGUCAUUUUCAACAUAUUCUUGUCAAUAAUGAGCUUAUCCAAGAAAGUAUCCCAAACAGACGCUAAAUUGAGCGCCCCAAACAAAGCAACCUCUUUGAAUCCAAAUGCAGCAGAGUUUGUUCCAUACUCCCUGAGAUCAUCUCCAUCUGGAAGCACUAGCUCAGUGGAUGCAACAGCGAAGUUUACUAGUACCGCUGGAUCUCUUGGUAAAACAGUUCUAGAUCGAUCAGAAUCAUCCAUUUCGAACAAUUCUGAUGAUGAGGCUCACCAGUACUGGCGUUGUCAGCUGCCUGAUGAUAUCACUCCUGACUUCAAGGUCAUGGGAGAAGAUGAAUCCCAAGGUGUUAACAACCUCUCUUUAGCAGGCUUAUCUAUAAAUAAUCAUAAUGAAUCCUCAAUAUUUCCUUCAUCUAAGGAAAGUAGAUAUAUGUUAAAUGAGCUGCAGGAAUUGUCUCAAGAACACCUUAAUGGCAAUAUUUUUGCUGAUAAAUUAAGGUUUUCCAAUUCAACCUACAGGGAGGAACCAUCUUCACCAAGCCUUUUGAACUCUUCAGCAAAGCCUUGGGAUAGGCAAAUUGGGAAGACGGAUUUGCAUGUUAGCAAUGGUCAAGAGGCACUUGUUUAUGAUGACAACUCUGGAAAUAGAUUCUUAAAUGAUGGUUUUGCUGGGAAUUCUCUUUUGAAUGAUACUGAUUUGAACCCUUUGGAGUUUUUAGCUUCUCUUUUUCCUGGGUUUGCUUCAGAAAGCCUUGCUGAAGUUUUCUUUGCCAAUGGAUGUGAUUUACAUCUGACCAUUGAGAUGCUCACUCAGUUAGAGGUUGGUUCUUCAUGUAAUACCUGAUUUAUGGUUAGAUUAUGGCUCAUUGUAAAGCCUCUUUUCAUGUUACUGUUGGUAAAAAUGCACACACAUGUGUUAUAACUGGAUCCUAGCACGUGUGAUGCAAUUCUUGGUCAGAAAGGCACAUCUUGCUACGUAAUUUGGUACAAUACUAUAUUAAAUGUGAAGAGUUGGAAGCUAAAGAUAUGGGGAAAUAUGUGUACCUUGUUUUGACAGGGAAGAUCUAGCGUUCCAUGAAGUUGUGAGGCAACUCUAAGGCAAUCCAUCUCCCUGUUUCUGAUCACUGUUUCCCUAAAUCUUAUGGCUUAUGCUUCAUGUAAAUAAGUG